UCGUCAUCAUUACCAUCAUUAUCAUCAUCAUUGUCUUCAUUGUCGUUGUGAUUGUCAUCGUCGUCAUCGUAGUCGUCGUCGUCGUCCUUGUCGUUCUCUUUAUCGUCACAUCGUUAUUGCAAUCAUCAUCGUCGCCGCUGUCGUUUUUGUUGUUUUCAUCAUUGCUUGUCGACACUAAAUUAGUUGUCAUUUGAUAAAUCCUUAGAAUAAAGGACAUGUCAUCGUGGCCACCGCGAGUAGUGGUUCGAUCGCGGCGGGCACAGUGACGACGAUUUCGUCAGUGCAGCAUACACGCUUCGUCGCCAUCGAUGACGUCAGCUGCCGUCUCACGAUAUGGAGUCCAUCAGAAAAUGGUUUUACAGACCUAAGAGGGAUGACACAAGUCUACUGGCUCAAUUCUUUUAUGCCGAUGAAUCAUUGAACGCGGUUGCCUGCGAGUUGGACUCCUUUGAUGGUCGUCAGGAGCCAGAGAGAUGCACGUCAUUGGUGAAUCAGUUGCGACACUGUCAGGACAAGGUGUUGACAAUCUGUAAUCAAAUAAUGGACGAUCUGAUCCCAGAAAGUAGAGCCAACCGAGAUUUCAGAGUGAAGUUUCCUGAUGAUGUCAUGCAGGAAAAUCUGGCCGGACAGUUGUGGUUCGGUGCGGAGUGUCUAGCUGCUGGUUCAUCAAUUAUGAACAGAGAGGCUGAAAGCUUAGCUAUGAGACCGCUAGCAAAAGCUCUCACCAAGUCGCUGGAAAUUGUCAGGAAUCUGUUAAGAGAACAUGCGCUCAAAGGCCACAUGAACUUGAAGUAUCUUUUUCAGACGCAAAACCCGCUUGAACCAUCUCUGGAGAAGCUUGUGGAAUCUUUGAAGAUCUUUGAUCGACUCUUCGCCGAUUUUGAACUAUGCUAUGUCGGCGCUAUGGUACCAGUAAAAUCAACGAAGGAAUAUGAACAGCAGGAGCUCGUAUGUGUACUGUUCUCGGAAACUUUACAAAGAGCGCUCGAGCGUGGAUUGUUGGACCAAGCGGACGUGGAUAAUUAUGAGCCAGCUUUGAUGUUCACCAUUCCUCGUCUGGCCAUUGUCUCCGGACUUUUAGCACCGCCUGGAGGACCGUUGUGCCUCAAUUCACCUGAUACUAUAAGCGAGAUGUUUAGGCCGUUUAGGACCCUUCUCCUUAAGAUAAGAGAACUACUGUGGACAUUAAACAAUCGCGAAUUGUACAUGUUGGAGAAGUUAUUGUGCUCGAAUGAGGAGCCAUCAAGCUCGAUUACGCAGUCAAGCAAAUCGGCGUGUCAGGAUAUACCUGAUUUGGAGGAGUUUGUUCAUAAUUUUUAUACUGGUUAUCCGAACUGUAAAGAAUUUAUCGUGGAUUUUUACACCGUAACGAGAAACGCAGGCAACAAUAUGGAUGAGAUAGCGAGCGACGCAGUUCAGUCGUUAGGCGAAGGAAGCGGUAAAAUAACCGAUCAACCAGUGACGAUGGAGGAUCGCGAACAAGAAGAAGAGGAUUCUAAAGAAGAAAAAAACACAGAUACAGAAAGUAGGCACGAAGACUUAAAUGUAUCCUUAGACAGAUGUGAUAAUAACAUAACCUGUAAUAGCAGCGAAAAGACGCAAAGUGACGAAGAAAAUGUUGAUGAGGAGGGACCAUAUAGGCGCGAGAAACUCCCGACCAUUUGUUUGCGCAACGACAGACAAUUUCCCUGUAAUCGCGAUUCCGAUUGCGAUGUAACAUACGAAAACAACAACAGUGACAGGAGUUUUGAUUCAACGGCAGAUGAUAGUAACAUAGUGACAAGAUUGGACGUAGCUGAAAAUAACGUUCCAAACAUCAUCCAAGAUACGAUAAGCAACGUACGAGAAAAUGAGGAAAACUUCAUUACUUCUAACGUGACUCAGAUGUUCGAGGACACCAACAACAUUGAAAUUCCUCAAACUACUCAGUAUCUGCUUAAUCAGGUAUCCCGCGAUAACACAUCCAUCAUGAAUGACAGCGCAACUGCGCACAUGCAGAAUUCUCUGCCCGAUCUGGAUUCCAAGAAACUCAUCUCGGAAGCGAAUAAGACUCUCUCGAACUUUCUGUUGGACGUCGCUGGCGAGUGCCAGAACGAGAUCUCGGAGCAAACGGACUCCGGGAUAUGUACGGUAAUCUCGUCUGAAAACACGAGUCUGUACGACAAAAGUCCAGAAGAGAAGAAGACUUUCGCCAACGAGAUUCAACAAGAUGAAGAAGGGGGACGCGUGUCUGACGAGGAGGAGGACACGCAGGAGAACACCAGCUACUCGUGUUCGAACCUGAACUCGCCCACUAAGCGGAGAAACUCCACUGCUGUUUCAGAGAAAUGUGUCUGCGGCACGAGAGGCAACAACAAAAGCUCGAACGUGCCAUUAGAUCAUUCGAUCGAGGUAUCCAAUUUGCAUGCAAAUGCCGGAGAGACGCCCGACAAGAACAUUCCACGAAUAUCGUCGAAUUUCGACGGCACUAAUGAAGAGUUUAUAGGCGUGGCAUACGGUAAUGGCCACGUGACGCUUUGUGACUCCAAUCAGUCUACCUUUCAGAUCAAUUACUCUGAGAACUGGGAAAAUCUCAAUUUGAACAUCGACGCAUCGAGCUCGAGAAAAGAAUUCUGGGGCGACCUCAAGUGCGAAAACUGCCCGUCUACUUCGCAGAAUAUAGACAAGAUAGGCAAUACAAUUGAGAAGUACGCGCAGGAUAAGAAGAAAACGAGAGACGAGAGACAGCGACGGCGACACCACCAGCACAAGCUGGAUCGAAACGCACAGAGAAUUCAUCACAGCCGACAUCAAGGAGAAAAGAGGCAAAAUGUGCAGAUCGUGCGGUCAGCUACGAGUACUGAAAGUUCUAGGUCAAAUUCGACAGAUCGUUGCUUGAAUCCAUCUCGAUUAACUAGCUUUGGCGCUAGCCUGCAUCUUGGUCAAAACACCAGACAGAUGCCAAACUUCGGAAGUCACAGUCCGCACAUGAGUCCUAGACUUCAUCACUUUGAGGCACCGCGUAGCAAUGCAGCCGGGCAACGUUGUUGUAACGUCGGAACACAGGUGAAUAGGAGCUCCGCGUCGCCUCAGAGCAAGAAGUUGUUAGAUCACAGAAGAUCCAAGUCCGAGCAGAUCGUUAAAAUGAAGAGAAAGGACGUCGUUGAGAAAAAAGACAAAUAUGAAAGAGUGAGCGCGCAUACGAAGAGAAAGUUAGGGAAUACAAGUUCUAAUAAUAAUCUUAUGAACGACGGAUUGGGUCCGAGAACGGACAAGAGCGGUCUAGUGACGGAAACUUCCGCUUCCUGCACAACUACGCCACCGCGGAAUGUUCGACGUGAGUUUGCUAAUUCUGCACGGGGCAGUAAUUCACGGAGAUCUACGCGAUCCGCAAGACUAGUCAACGCGCCCCCAAUAUCACACGGCGUGACAACUUUAAAUUCUGAACAAUCGCUGAACUACAAUAAGACCGACGUGGCUUCGAGCUCCAGCUGCUCGAGCUGUUACGGCGACUCUAGUUCGGAAACCAGUGAGUUUCACAGCGAUUGCCAGGACGAUGAGGAGAUUGCACUAGCGAUGCAGGCCGCCGAGAUUGCAAAUAGAAAUCAGAUCAGAGCAAAGUUUCGGUCCUCGGAAGAUUUGGUGCACCGCCUUUUCGUUUGCAUAGCCGGUGUGGCGGAUCAGUUGCAAACAAAUUUCGCGUCCGAUCUGCGGAAUAUCUUAAAGUGCGUUUUUCUUAUGAACAGUAGUCAGAUAAUAGAAGACUCAGAAGCGAAAGAUCAGAGUCCAGCCACGACGAAUCAACCGGCGAUGGACAAUACGUUAAGCGAGACGACGAUGGAGACGGGAGAUAAUCACGAUCGGCAACAAGAGUCUUUACCGGAAUACGAGGAGGAUAUGGAAGAAACCAUAUCAACGCAUGAACGAAUUUCUCCCGUCACCGAAAGAGGAGAGGAAUGUGUGGAGAGGGCACCCGCCUGGGUACCGGACAACGAUGCUCCGAGAUGUAUGGCCUGCCAAGCUGGAUUUACGGUAGUGCGACGCAGGCAUCACUGCCGAAACUGUGGCAAAGUGUUUUGCGGCCGUUGCAGCAGCAACAAUGUUCCAUUGCCGCGUUAUGGACAUACGAAGCCCGUCAGAGUGUGCAACAGGUGUUUCUUAUACCAAGUGACGCCGUUCACUGUUUCCCAAGUCACGUCCACCAGCUGAACGUUGCCGCUGAGUCUCUUUCUGUCUCUGGCCUCUUAUCAAUUUAAUUACUUUUCACUAAUUUUCCUACGUGUAUCGGGUUGUCUGGAGAAUUAUUCCUUCAAUAGAUAUCCAUUUCUCACGAAA